GUUCAAACCAAAUGGAGUGACAUUUCCUUCCUUGAGAAACCCGUAAAACCAUGGUUUCACUCCUGAAGAAACCCUUUUUCUCUUCUCUUCAAACACUCACUCUCCAGCGCCUAACUAGAACACUCAGCUAUGUUUCUGGGGAGAGAAGAAGCUCUGAAACCAACUCUAGUUUUAUACACCCAACUGCUAUUGUUCAUCCUAAUGCUGUUAUUGAUCAGGAUGUUACUAUUGGUCCAUUCUGUACAGUUGGUUCUAUGGUGAGAAUUGGUAAAGCUUGUAAAUUAUAUCCUGGGAGUCAUAUUUUUGGAGAUACGGAGAUAGGGGAACAGUGCACUUUAAUGACUGGUGCCAUUGUUGGAGAAGAUAUUCCAGGGCGUACUACCAUUGGAUGCAAUAACAUUAUCGGGCAUCAUGCAGUGGUUGGAGUGAAGUGCCAAGAUAUGAAAUACAAGCCAGGGAGCGAUUGUUUCCUCGAUGUUGGUGACAACAACGAGAUCAGAGAGUAUACAUCAAUUCACCGAUCUUCAAAACCAAGUGACAGAACGGUUAUUGGUGACAACAAUCUUAUUAUGGGAUCUUGUCAUAUUGCGCAUGACUGCAAACUUGGUAACAACAUUAUACUUGCAAACAAUACUCUCUUAGCUGGGCAUGUUGUAGUCGGAGACUAUGCUCACUCUGCAGGCGCUGUUGUUGUCCAUCAAUUCUGUCAUCUGGGUUCACAUUCUUUCAUCGGUGGUGGUUCUGUGGUUUCACAAGAUGUUCCAAAGUACAUGAUGGUUACUGGUGAUAGAGCCGACCUUCGGGGAUUAAAUUUGGAGGGUCUGCGGCGCCGUGGAUUCUCCAGUGAAGAGGUUACAGGCAUGAGGAGGGCGUAUCAAAAGAUAUUCAUGCCAGUAGAUGGAAAGUUAGGGGGUAUUGAAGAUCGUCUCGCUGAAGUGGAGCAAACUAGAGAAUUAGCUAUGUUGGAUGUUGUGCGCUCUAUGGUUGAAUCUAUUCGGGACUCUUUUGAGCAAGACCGUCGUGGAAUUUGCAAGUUCAAGCAUUGGAGUGGCUCUUGUAGCUCUAGUUAAGGUAUAGUACUUUCAUGAGAGUGCCAAGAGGUUGAAAAGUACUCUGCCCCGGAACAAGCUCACAACCAUGAACGAUAUGGAAGUUGGUAUGAAGCAAGUUUUGGUCAGGGAAAACCAUUAUGGGUCAGGAUUUCUACACUUCCUUGGACGAAUAUGGCUUUGUUAAUGGAUACUAAGUUCAGGAAACAGAAUUGAAGCAUGGGUAAGCUUGAGUAAAGAAGACUUGUCUGAGUUUGAAAGUCAUGAGGAACUUCUUGCAUCUAUCUCUUGGUAAUUGGGUUGACAAUUAUAAAAUGAUAGUAUUUGUAAAUCCUCUCUGUUUUCUCAACUUAUAUGUUUGUAUCUUUUUGUAUAAAUAAGGGUAAUUCGUGGUCAUGGGGUUUUUGACUAUGAUCCAACUUUGAUU